UUUGCUUUUAGCGAUUCACAGCAUCAUAAACUGAUUCAGAAUGAGAGUGAGAAAACCUCACAAAUUCAAAUUUCCAAAUGGGUACCCUCCAAAAAUGACACACCUUUUUUUCUGGGGUUAAAUAAUUUUCUGUUUCACUUUGAAUUCUCUCUCACAAUUCCCCCCCCCCCCCCAAAUCUCACAUUCAAUUCAAAGUUCACAAAAUUUGCCGAAAUUUCAUAUCUUCGGGAGUAAAAGCUUUGAUCUUUGCACAGACAAGAGUUGGAAUUGUUUACUGUCAGGCUUUCCAAUUAGGACCGGUGGGGUCAAGCAACCCCCAAAGUUCAAGUUUAUUUGACAAUGGAUAUUGGAUUUCUAAUGUUCUGCGUUUGAUAAAUCCUAAUAUUGGCAUGGUUCCUGAGAUAUGGUGGUGCAGAAGAGGCUAGACUAUAGCUUUAAUGGCAAUGAGGUGCCAACCAAGCCCCGAACUCCACGAUCAGCUAGGGGGAGGGCUACAUUUCAAAGAAGGUUGGAAGACAAUCAAAUGUGUGCAUUUGACUUAUUGGCCACCAUAGCUGGCAAUUUAUUGCAAGAAAAACAGAAUCCAUCAGCAUCCAGUGAUAGAUCAUCGGAAAAGGAUAGACAUGGAUUUGUUAAAGAGGAGUGCCAGGAUGCAAAUAAACCAUCAAGAGCUGAGCUUUCUGAUGAAGGAAGUAGUGACAGAAAAUGUUUCUCUAAUCUUUCUUCACAAGCAUACGAUCAAAAUUGUUCUGUGAAGGAACUUCCGCGUUGUGAAAUUGAUGGUCAUUCAUGCAUUGCUUCUAUAGUAACAAGUUCUAGUUGCUCAGAGAGGUUUGUUGCUGAGACACUGGUGGAUGGAAAAAGCCAAAAUGGAAUGGAAAAUUUUGCUGGCAAAGUUGAAUUAGGUUCCUUUGGGUGUCCAGAGAAUAGUGGUUGCAAGUUAGAUAGUGAUGUAAGUAAAGUAAAGGAUGAGUUGCAUAAGUUUGAGAAGGUUCCCAUUGAUAAUGAGACUGGGAUGUGCUGUUUUGAGGAUCCCUUAAAUGAAAAACCUCCAGCAUUGAUCAGCUUGGGUGGCAAUGCCAAGUUGUCUGGGUAUGAUGACGGCAUACCUUGUAGCUCAUUGUCCAAAGGUUGUGACAGUGUACUAGUAGUUAGUAGAGAUGAUGACGAAAACUUUUCUGGGUGUGUUCACCCCAGUACCAAAAUAAAGCCCCUUAGGCCAAUUACUUGUAUAGGUGAUAGAAAAAUCAAAAAAAGAUUGGCUUCUAAAUAUUGUAAAGUAGCUCGAGAAUCAAAGCAUGAUACCCUAUCUAACGACGUUUUGGAUGGAAAUUUGAAGCCAGUUUACAGCAGUAGGAAGAACUAUUAUAAGCGCCAAAGAUCUCAAAUGAAUAUUCCUUUCAAAAAGAGGAAGCUUUUUAACUGUAGCUCUGUUACAAAUUCUAACGGAUAUUUCAGAAGUGGUGGCACUUAUUAUUCACCUGAGAAUGACAUGAAUCAAGGUGUUUCAUGUUCAUCUUCUGGGAUGUGCAAAGGUCCUGGAAUGUCAUCCUUGGAAGCACAUCAACACUCUGCAUUACGAUCUAGAGAUUCUCAUGUGAAGCUUAGGAUCAAAUCAUUUAGAGUGCCGGAGCUUUUUAUUGAGAUUCCAGAAACUGCAACCAUUGGAUUCUUGAAGAAAACAGUGAUGGAGGCAGUGACAUCUGUACUUGGAGGUGGAUUGCGUGUUGGCAUGAUUUUCCAUGGAAAGAAGGUUAGAGAUGACACUAAAACUCUACUUCAGACUGGAAUUUCUCCUGAUAACCAACUGGAUGCUUUGGGCUUCACCUUGGAGCCUAAUUCUUCACAAAACCUACCACCUGCAUGUGCUACAGAUUCUCUCCAUGCUCAUAGUGCAGAUUUGCCUCAGCCUUUAAUUGGGUAUCUUUCCAGUCCAGCUGUAAUUCAUCAGAAGAGUCAAGGCUUUUUGGACAUGUCGGGUGAGCAUCAAGUAACCAGUUUAGGUAACCUUGUUGAAAGUGAUCAUGAUUCAGCACCUUCUCCCAUCAACAAUUUGGUUGAAAAAAAAGUGACAGAUUCCAAAGAACUUAUUACUAUUCCUGAGAUGCGUGUGGAGGCACUAGCUGUGCUACCUGUGCACCAAAAGUCAAAACGAAAUGAGAUUGCACAGCGCCGAAUUCGUAGACCUUUUUCUGUUGCUGAGGUGGAAGCACUGGUUCAAGCAGUUGAGAAACUGGGAACUGGAAGGUGGCGUGAUGUUAAACUUCAAGCUUUUGAUAAUGCAAAGCAUCGUACAUAUGUGGAUUUGAAGGAUAAAUGGAAAACACUGGUGCACACGGCGAGAAUAUCCCCUCAGCAAAGGAGGGGAGAGCCUGUUCCUCAAGAACUUUUGGACAGGGUCUUAACUGCUCAUGCAUAUUGGUCCCAGCAGCAAACUAAGCAACAGCUCAAGCAGCAGCCAAAAACUUGCCUUCUCCUUUAAUAAGGGUUGACAGCAGCACGUGGCUUUUUAGAUGGGUUGGUCGUUCAGGUUUCUGACCCUUAAUCAUUAAAAGCAUCAUAUGACAUUUUUUUUCUUCAUGUAUUUAUGAAAUAUCUGUUCAUCACUUUCUUUUUUUUUUAGUACAA